CAACCAUGUUUUUGUCCAGUUUGCCUAAAGAAAUGGUGGAAAAAUAUUCUUUUAUGGAAGAAAAAACAAUCAUUUAUGAGUACUUUAUUUUCCUAAUUUUGAUUUGAUUUCAGGUAAAAUGGAAUCAACGAGGUUUUGUCUUCUCAAGGAGGAACAUUUUAAAACUUUGUUAAAAGGCACAAUCUGUUCUACAUCAAAGUUUUAUGGACCCUUCUCACUGGUUAUAAUAUUUGAGAGAAAAAAUGAUGCAAAUGAUGAUGAUUAUGACAAGUAUGAAAACUAUGUUGUUCUUGAGGUUGGUAUUAAUGCUGCUGAAAUUAAAAUCAAGGUUGGAGGGGAGAAGCGCUCCUUGAUCAAAGUAACUGGUGAUCAGGGAUUAGAUGUAGGGGUGACACAGACGUACUGGUUCUCAUAUGACAGAGAUGGGAAGGUGUUUAAGUAUGGGAAAGGACACAUAAUGGAGGAAACAACGCUGAUGUUUUAUGAUUUUAAUGUGAGCUAUGAUUCAAAAUUAAGAAUUUUCUUUGACAUAAAUCCUGGCGCUGAGAGGACUAUUCUUCUCUACAGCAGUAGAAAUGACUCUGAGAUGAAAGAAGAUAAUUUUGAUAAAACAAAUAUUGGAUCCAUUAAUUUUGAAUCUUUGAUUCAUGUUACCAGUGAUCCCUUGAACUUCAGUCCAUCUCCUUUUCUGAAAGAGUUUGAACCAUCAGUGGAAUGUUUGAUCAAUCCUGAGCACACUCAUUCCAACAGUCCCCAUCUACCUCCUGAAUGCAAACAGAUUUAUGAAAACAUUAAGAAUAUCCUGGUGCUUGAUACUCUGCUAGUUGAUCAAAUCAGAAACAGUAUCCAAACAGAAGGUUAUAUCCUCAAUAAGUUUCUGAAGAAGAAGGCAUAUCUUAGAAUAACCUUCGGUGAUAAUCAGGGAAACUCUCCUGGAUGUCCUAAUGUUCUAGAGAUAUGGCCAGCAGGGGCGGAAAGUCCAAUUCACAAUCAUGGAAGGUGUAGCGCCGUGAUCAAGGUACUUCAUGGUAACAUCCAAUGCAGAAUCUUCAACAAGAUCACAAAUCCUCCUGCUAAGAACCCAGCUCCUAUUAAGGAGUUUACUGCAAGCAAGGGUGAUUAUACCUGGAUGAAUGACCGCUGGUUCCAGACUCACCAGCUCAGGAAUAUAUCAGAUGACUACUGCGCUACGCUUCAGUGCUACCAAUAUGCUCCUGAAGAUGGUACUCACUAUCCUAAGUUUGAUUUUAAGUCCCAGGAGGUGCUUGACGGGUUUCAUCCUGGAUCUGAUCUUUCAUACCAGAAAAUGAAGGAAAAUGUUAUGCAGGAGUGGACAACUAGUUUGCUAGCUCGAGAAAAUCUCCGGCUACAAGAGGAGAUCACUGAAAAUUGUCUGAAAAUACAAAGAUUGGAGCCCGAUAUCACUAGUUUGAAGAAUCAUGUCAGAAAUGUAAAGAAGAAAAACAAGUGUUUUGAUACUGUAAACAAGACAUGUGGACCGCUCGUUGGAGUUGUUGGUGCAGUAAUUGGUGGACUAUUUGCAUUUUGUGGGCCCAUAUGUGCACCCUAUUUUUAGGAUCAUUUCUUAUAUUGCAUUUACUUAUGAAAAAUGAUGAUAACCAUGAAAGGGAAAAAAACAUUUUAACUUUAUUUUUAACAGAUGUUUUUUCUC